AUGCGCCCCUCCCUCACCCUCCUCCAAGUCGCUAGUACCGUCACCUCUGCCCCAAGCCCAUGGCAAGCAAGCUGGCUCCUAGGCCAGCGUCUAGCAACAUUACAAAAACUCGCCCGCGCAACGGGAAUACCAAGCACCGGGACGCGAAAGGUACUAGCAGAGCGCAUCGGAGAGGCCCUCGAUCUACAAAGCGCUGGUCGCACGACGAAUGUCGAGUUCGAGAAGAAGACUGGUGCAUUGAGUGUGUUGAGCAUUGAUAUGGGGAUUCAGAAUCUGGCGUUUGCACACCUUAGGGUUGAGAGGCCUUUUCAUGGCAUUGAGAAGGGUGCUAAUGGCGGCGGUAUGUCGAGGCCGGAACUUACGGCUUGGAGACGGUUGCCUUUGUCGGAUAUUGCUACGUUGGGGGAGAACCGUGCUGGUACGUCGCCAACGUCUAAGGAUGGGUCUGCGGGUGAAUUGGCUUUGAAACAGUCAUCUGUGGCGAUAUCAGAGUCUGGGCUAGCAACCGAGUCCGGUUCCAAGUCUGAAGACUCGAAUUUGGAUUUAGAUGCCGACGACGAAACUGCUAAAAAGAAAACACCCUCCUUCGAUCUGCCACACUACGCCGAAACAGCACACACCCUCCUCCACACCCUCGUCGCCAUGUACAAACCAACGCACAUCCUCAUCGAGCGCCAGCGUUUCCGCUCCGGAAGCUCUAGCCACGUACAAGAGUGGACGUUACGGGUCGGACUCUUCGAAGCAAUGCUCUACGCUGCGCUAGAAGCCAUGAAGAAAGAGCGCGGUGGGAAUCUGGCCGGCGUCGGCGUUUACGGAAUUGAACCGAAGCGCGUGGUGCAGUACUGGGGCGAGAAAGAGCCUGGCUUCACUAAUGUUGAAGAAGGCGAUGAUAAGAAGCGGAAGCCGACGAGUCGGGAAGUUAAGAAGACUAAGAUCGAUACUGUGGCGAGGUGGUUGGAGGCGGCGCUUUCUGAGUCCGAGACUGCGCUGGCGGCUAGUUCGAAUCGAAAAAUUGAGCUGCUGGGUGAACCUUCGCCUCCUAGGACUCUGGCUGAGGCGUAUCUGGCGCGACUUCGGACUGGUGUGAAGCGUGGACCGAAGGUCGUGCCGGUGCUGAAGGACUUGACUAAGCUGGACGAUCUGGCGGAUUGUUUGCUGCAGGGCGUUACUUGGGUUGAAUGGAUGCGCAUGCGCGAGUUGGUGCUUCGGAAAGGGGUGGUCGCUAUAGAAGAGAAUUGA